GGCACCUGACUCGGCUCCCCUUUACAUCCCGUCGCGGGGCCGGCCGCUACUCCGGCCCCAGGAUGCAGAAUGUGAUUAACACGGUGAAGGGAAAGGCACUGGAAGUGGCUGAGUACCUGACCCCGGUCCUCAAGGAAUCCAAGUUUAAGGAAACAGGUGUAAUCACCCCAGAAGAGUUUGUGGCAGCUGGAGAUCACUUAGUCCACCACUGUCCAACAUGGCAAUGGGCUACAGGGGAAGAAUUGAAAGUGAAGGCAUACCUACCAACAGGCAAACAAUUUUUGGUAACCAAAAAUGUGCCGUGCUAUAAGCGGUGCAAACAGAUGGAAUAUUCAGAUGAAUUGGAAGCUAUCAUUGAAGAAGAUGAUGGUGAUGGUGGAUGGGUAGAUACAUAUCACAACACAGGUAUUACAGGAAUAACCGAAGCAGUUAAAGAGCUCACACUGGAAAACAAGGACACUAUAAAGCUUCAAGAUUGCUCAGCACUAUGUGAAGAGGAAGAAGAGGAAGAUGAAGGAGAAGCUGCUGAUAUGGAAGAAUAUGAAGAGAGUGGAUUGUUGGAAACAGAUGAGGCUACCCUUGAUACAAGGAAAAUAGUAGAAGCUUGUAAAGCCAAAACUGAUGCUGGCGGUGAAGAUGCUAUUUUGCAAACCAGAACUUACGACCUUUACAUCACUUAUGAUAAAUAUUACCAGACUCCACGAUUAUGGUUAUUUGGCUAUGAUGAGCAACGGCAGCCUUUAACAGUUGAGCACAUGUAUGAAGACAUCAGUCAAGAUCAUGUGAAGAAAACAGUGACCAUUGAAAAUCACCCUCAUCUCCCACCACCUCCCAUGUGUUCAGUUCACCCAUGCAGGCAUGCGGAGGUGAUGAAGAAAAUCAUUGAGACUGUUGCAGAAGGAGGGGGAGAGCUUGGAGUUCAUAUGUAUCUUCUUAUUUUCUUGAAAUUUGUACAAGCUGUCAUUCCAACAAUAGAAUAUGACUACACAAGACACUUCACAAUGUAAUGAAGAGAGCAUCAAAUCUAUCCUAAUUAUUGGUUCUGAUUUUUUAAAAAUUAACCCAUAGAUGUGACCAUUAACCAUAUUCAUCAAUAUGUACAGUUUCUCUAAUAAAGGGACUUACAUGUUUAUGCAUUAAAUAAAAAUAUGUUCCACUACCAGCCUUAUUUGUUUAAUAAAAAUCAAUGUAAAGAG